AUGUCGCGCACAUGUCUUGCCCGUCUCCGCCUCCACACGAGUUCGCCCGGCUCGGCCAAGUCGGCCGCCCGGCUCGCCCUUCCAAGAGCUCCCUAUUCGUCGGCAGCCUCCAUGCCACACCGGCACAAGGUGCUCGUCGUCGGCGCCGGCGCGGCAGGCCUCAGCGUCAGCCACCAGCUCCUGCGGUCGGGCAAGUUCGCAAAAGGUGACAUUGCGGUUGUGGAUCCUGCCGAUUGGCAUCAUUACCAGCCCGGCUGGACGCUUGUCGGCGCCGGUCUAAAGGAUAAAAAUAAGCUUAAAAUGCGGACCGAGGACCUUAUUCACGCCAAGCUCAAGUUGUACAAUGACAGCGUUGGCGCCUUCACGCCCCAGGACCAUUGCGUCACCUUGGAGACGGGCACCAGGAUCCAGUACGACCAGUUGGUUGUAUGCCCGGGCAUCAACAUCAAGUACGACAGCAUCAAGGGCUUGCCCGAGGCCCUGGCGAACCCUGACGCGCCCAUCUCAACCACCUACGGCUACCACACGUGCGACAAGGUCUAUCAGAAUGUUCAAAAGAUGAAGAGCGGCGUGGCCAUCUUCACCCAGCCGACUGGAAUUGUGAAAUGCGCCGGCGCACCGCAAAAGGCCAUGUGGCUCGCGCUGGACUACUGGAAGCGAGCUGGACUCUACCGCCCCGGCUCCGAGCAGGAUUCCAGCAUCAAGGUCAGCUUUGCCACCGGACUCCCGGUCAUGUUCGGCGUUGCCAAGUACAGCGCCACGCUGGACCAGUUGCGACGCGAGCGCGGCGUCGAGGGCCUCUUCCAGCACGACUUGGUUUCCAUCGACGGCAACCAAGCCACGUUUGUGCUACCCGACGGCAAGCAGGUUGCGCGUCGAUUCGACUUUCUCCACGUCGUUCCCAAAAUGGGGCCGCACGCCUUCGUCGCCAACAGCCCUCUGGCCGACGCAGCCGGCCUGGUGGACGUGGAUAGCAGCACGAUGCGGCAUCGGGCAUUCAGCAACGUCUGGGCCCUCGGCGAUGCGUCCAACCUCCCCACGUCCAAGACGGCCGCGGCUAUUACCGCCCAGGCCCCCGUUCUUGUUUCCAAUUUGCUCUGUGCGCUGGAGGGGGCCAAGACGAAUGCCGUGUAUGAUGGGUAUACUUCGUGCCCUCUCACCACCGAGUACGGCAAAGUCCUGCUCGCCGAGUUCAAGUACGGCGGCGAGCCAAAGGAGACGUUUGGGAAGCUGGUCAAUCAGGCUGUCCCGGGCCGGGGGUUUUAUUACCUCAAGAAAGAUUUCUUUCCCUGGGUGUAUAAGAAGUUUAUGGUCAAGGGGGCUUGGGGCGGUCCAAAGGGCUUCAUUCGACAACGAUAG